AUGAAAGCGCUACUCCUCGGCAUCAUAGCCAAUCUGGCACUUCUAAACUCCGCUCAAGAAGCUUCCACCUCCGGUGGAAAGUGUCGGAUACCGGAAUUCCCCGCCGAGCACAUAUCGGCGAUAGAUACAUUCUUCUUACAAAUUCGUACUUUGGCUGCGAAAGGUGAAAAUUAUUCGCCAGAAAUAUCGCUGGGCCAGGGAGGACAAAUGUUCGGACUUAGGUUCAGUCAUAAUCUCUACCGCAAAGCUAUGAGUGAGGUUGAAACUUUCGGCACCUUGAACCCAACCGAUUACGGUCUAUUCAGAGUUAACCGAACAUUCAACUAUGGCGAUGCCUAUGAAGGUAAAUAUACUGCUGUGGACGGCCUAGCAAACCUCUUGGAAACUAUCGAGCCAGUCAAGAAUCAGAUGAUAUAUCCAAAUGCAACAGCAUACGGAUGUGGAAUGACAGUUUUCCAGAAGGAAAAUAACGAAUGUGAAAUGUAUGUUGUAUGCAUCUUUGACAAAAGUGCUCCGGAAAAUUAUACAAUGCACGGCGACCCUUGUAAGGAGGACAAGGAUUGCCCCCAAGGAUCGACACCUGCGAAAUGUAUCGACCGCCUUCUCAGCGUCCUGACACCGAACAACAAUUCAUCUACAAAUGGGGGUAUUCAUGUGCAAAACAAGCAGACAAAUGGUGCGUCAAACGGUAAUUUGUUUCCGCUGCAGUUUGUCACUGUUGAAGACAGUGCCUCCUCGCGUUCCACUUCACCACUACCGCCUCAAAUGCCGUCACCAACCGCUGGCGCAGUGCCGGCAUUCGCAUCGACAGCGGGUCAUAUAGCAACGUCUACGGCAUCACAUGUGUCCAUGGCCGGCCCAUCCACGAAUUCAUCACCUCAUUCGGUCGUAUCGAAUACUGCUCAAUCGGGUGGAAUGUCUAGUUCUUUUCCGCAUAAAGGCUUGCGACGACAAUAUACUCCUGUUGCACCGGAUUACCAUCGGACGCAUGUUCACAUAUCAACAACACCGUAUACAGCAGAUUUUUAUCAGCCACAAGUUCGAUCACAGCAGGGGAACUACAAACCGUCAAUCUAUAUCGAACGUGGUUCGGAAAGACCAGUUAUGAAGCAACAUUAUGUGGUGAGGGACACAUAUAAGAGCCCACUGGACUCAUCAAUGUCUGCUCCUAUGGGGCAGUCCACAUUUCACGUUCAAAUAGGAGGAGUUCCACCACAUAUUAGGCGAUACGGCCAGCAAAAUCAUCCUGUUAUUCGAACUAUGUUUAGUGCUGCCCCACUAAAGAGUAUUUUGAACAUUAACGUCUCACCAAUAAACGCUGUUACCGAUACAAGAGCGUACCGACUGGAUGUCGCCGGAAGAGACGGUGUCUCUUCCGUUCAUGGAAUUCCUGGACAAAUCACCGGAGUGCAGAACAUUAUGGUUGAUCCAGACAUGUCUCAUCGAGGAUAUAUUGGCUACGAAGAUGAGCUGCGUCCAAAACAUCCAACCAACGACGUCAUGCCGUCCACAUCCAAAGAACAGUCAAUGCCUGUGAGACAUGAUCGACUUGAGCGCACUUACGGUGUCGCGCUGCAGCAUCCAGCUACGAGAACAGAAACAUCUCAAAAUUCUGUGACUCGAUGUACAUCACCUUUGCCGGAGUCCAUUUGUAGUCGUUUGAAGCAACAAAAAUAUGAGAAAUAUAUGAAACCUUGCAAACCGCGAAUGUUUUGCUUCUUCAUGGAACAGCACGUUGAACGACUCCUUGCUCAAUACAAAGAACGCAUGAAACGAGCACAUCAGUUACAACGAGAAAUGGAAGCCGCAAAUCUACCGGAAUCAAUGAAGCAGAAAAUGUUGGAUUUUUUGCAGCAAAAAGAGUCCAGGUUCAUGCGACUACGACGGCAGAAAAUGAAUAAAGAUAUGUUUGAAGUACUGCAACAUAUAGGUGUUGGUGCGUUCGGUCGGGUAUCCCUCGUUAAAAAGAUAGCCAAUCUGGCACUUCUAAACUCCGCUCAAGAAGCUUCCACCUCCAGUGAAAAGUGUCGGAUACCGGAAUUCCCCGCCGAGCACAUAUCGGCGAUAGAUACAUUCUUCUUACAAAUUCGUACUUUGGCUGCGAAAGGUGAAAAUUAUUCGACAGAAAUAUCGCUGGGCCCGGGAGGACAAAUGUUCGGACUUAGGUUCAGUCAUAAUCUCUACCGCAAAGCUAUGAGUGAGGUUGAAACUUUCGGCACCUUGAACCCAACCGAAUACGGUCUGUUCAGACUUAACCGAACAUUCAACUAUGGCGAUGCCUAUGAAGGUAAAUAUACUGCUGUGGACGGCCUAGCAAACCUCUUGGAAACUAUCGAGCCAGUCAAGAAUCAGAUGAUAUAUCCAAAUGCAACAGCAUACGGAUGUGGAAUGACAGUUUUCCAGAAGGAAAAUAACGAAUGUGAAAUGUAUGUUGUAUGCAUCUUUGACAAAAGUGCUCCGGAAAAUUAUACAAUGCACGGCGACCCUUGUAAGGAGGACAAGGAUUGCCCCCAAGGAUCGACACCUGCGAAAUGUAUCGUUCCUUUGUGUCACAGUCAAGAGUGA